AUGGUUCAGAACAGGAUUGUUAACCUAACCUUCUGUGUGCCACGUUUGACAAUCUUGUCUGUGAAUCGCGGGAUCGAAAUAGUUGUACCGUACCGGCAAUACCUCCCACGGAAGUUUUUCCGAAAUUUUGCUUUUACGGCAGUGGUUCGACCGGAUGAUCGUCAAGGAGGAUAUUUGUUCGCUGUUGUUAAUCCUCUCGAUACAGUCGUUGAUCUCGGUGUGGCACUGGAAUCUGCUGGUGACAGCCAAACAAAUAUUUCACUGCUUUAUACAGACUCGAGUAAGGAAACCGACACCAUGGCGCUAGCUUCUUUCUUAGUUCCCGAAUUUACCGGUCAGUGGGCUAAAUUUGCCUUGGAAGUGCACGAAGACAGUGUUGUCUUGUAUUUUAGAUGCACACGUUUCGCAACAAGACAGGUAUUCGUUUGCCUUAUUUCCUCACCGGUAUUAAAUGGGAAAAGAUGUAAAAAUAAUAGCUGUUAA